AUGCGGGACGUUAUCCGUGAAUCGAGCAUCGGACAGCUAGCACGCCUCUUUUGGCCUGCCAAACUGCCAUAUCCCGAGGAACUUGAUGGUUUCGAGCUUCCCGCCGACCUUAGGUUGGACAAAACGUACCCUGGGGUCGAAAAGAUGACUGGACACAAACACAACAACACCCGCCCGCACCAGUCCAACAUCUCCAGACCUCGAGAAGCCACAAUCGCCCUCCAAAGCACCAGUAACCUGGCUCCUCAACAACCCCACGAACCCGCAAAACUGGCCCUGCGCGCGAAACUCUGGGUGACGACCCUAGUCGGCCUCUACACCUUCGCCGUCUACAUCGGGUCCUCGCUCUACGCGCCCUCGGAAGCCCAAAUCACGCGCCACUUCGGCGUCUCGCCCGCCGUCGCCGAGCUUGGCAUCGCGCUGUACGUCGUUGGGUACGGCGUUGGGCCCUUGCUCUGGUCGCCCCUGUCCGAGAUCCCGCGCGUGGGCCGCACGUCCAUCUACAUCGCGACCUUCUUCGUGUUCGUGUGGCUGGCGUUGGGCGCUGCGCUCGUGCCGGAUGGACACGGGCAUGGGAGCGGGAAUGGUGAGGGUGACGGUACCGGGGACAAGGGCACUCUGGCGGCGCUGCUGGCGCUGCGGUUCCUGCUGGACUUCUUCGGGUCGCCGUGCUUGGCGACUGCCGGCGCGACGCUCGACGACAUGUUUGCGCCUUGGAAGCUGGGCUACGUGCUCUGCGUGUGGUCGUCGGCCGCGACACUGGGACCGGCACUGGGCCCUGUGAUUUCCGGGUUCGCUGUGAGCGGCAGUGAGAUGGGCUGGCGUAUCAGCCAGUGGGAGCUCCUCUGGCUAGCAGCCCCCAUCUGGCUCCUCAUGGCCCUCACCCUCCCCGAAACCAACCCCGACACGAUCCUCCACCGCAAAGCGACGCGCCUGCGCGCCCUCACGCACCGCCCCGCCCUCCCCUGCGCCGCCGAUAUCCGACACCAGCACCAGACGCCGCGCCAGAUCCUGACAUCCGCACUACUCAAGCCGUGGGCGAUCAACUUCUUGGAUCCAGCAGUGGCGUACACAACGAUAUACUCGGCAGUACUGUACGGGACAUACUACUCGUUCUUCGCCGCCUUCCCGCUCGUCUUCGGCGGCGUGUACGGCUUCGCACUGGGCGUGUGGGGGCUACCGUUCCUGGCGUUCGUGCCGGGCCUGCUGGUCGCGGUGCCGGUCUAUGCGAUCUGGUUCCGCCGGCGCGUCGAGCCCGUCAUGCGGAGGGAGAGCCCGCCGCUGUACGGGUGCCCCGAGGGAAGGCUGUUUCCGGCUGUGGUGGCUACGUUCCUCGCGCCGGGGGGUUUGUUUAUCUUUGCCUGCACAUCAAGCCCAAAAAUCCACCCCCUAGUCCCCACCACCGGACUUUUCGUUUUCUUCGUGUGCAUCUUCGUCGUCUACCAGUGCAUGUUCUUCUACCUGGCGCGCUGCUACCCGCGGCACUCGGCCUCGCUGUUCGCCGCCAACGACUUCGCGCGCAGCUCCUUCGCCGCCGCCUCGCUGCUGUUCUCAGCGCCCAUGUACCGCGCGCUCGGCGUCGCCGGCGGCUUGAGUCUGCUGGGCGGGCUGGCCUCGCUGUGCGCCGCAGGGAUGCUGUUUCUGUACCUCCGUGGCCAUAGGCUCCGCGCGAGGAGCCGGUUUGCGCAGUCUUCUUGA